AUGGGCUCUCCUGAGCAUUUGGUCUGCUUUCACUGUACCACUGUAAGAGUACCAGUCAGGGAAUCCGAUAACGAUGAAGAAAUAAUUACAGGCAUCUCAUGGAUUGCUGUCGAUGUCAAAUCAAAUCAGGUAAAAAAAAUUCUUGCGGUGACUUGUUAUGGAUUGUGUAAGUUAUUGUGUCGGGGUUUUCCUUGCCCGGCGCGAGCGAAAAAAUUCUUGAGGGCUCUGGGGGCGAUUUCAAGUGAGAACAAUAUGACGGUGGUUUUUUUCUUCGCUAACGUUUUUCUCAUUUAUGCCGAAUUAGCUUGGUUCCGUGCAGAGAUGUGUUGUGAAAGCGGGCCUGUCUGGAGUGAACGAAGCGUUAAAAUCAACCACCAACUCAACUGUGACCAGUGAGGCUGAACUACUCGACGAAGCCUUAGACGAGGUAACGUUACUACUGGUAUAUGUUUAAUCCUUCACUUCCGUUGCCCCCUUUGUUCGAUCAACAACAAGACACGAAAUUACCGAUUUUGAGUUAAAUUUCUCUACUCCCCGUCCUCUCUCGCGCUAUCCUGCUAGCGGAGGUUGCUCAAGACCCAGAGAAAAAUUUCAAGUUAUGUCAUGCAAAAUUCAUUGGCGUGAUACGCUUGUACGGUUUGCAUUCACAAUUCAUAUACACACACUGACAACCAGUAAAGGCCGAAGAAAAGUCGCCGGGGAUAUUUUUUCAUCGCUUGCCACGGUCAGGGAGUGAAUCUUUUUUGUACAUUCGGCAUACGUAUUGCGAUCUCCUGGGUAAACCAGCCGACGGGGCCUCAAUAUAAAAUUCGAUCGGUCGCGCGCUAUUUCUAGACAGAGACGCUCGAAAUUCAUUUCAAGGAUUUCUAGAUUAAAAAAUAAUAAUAAUAAAUCGUGCGGGAAUGAAAUAUUAAAAAACAGUUAAUCCUAACGAAGUUUAUUUCUGAGGUUUUUGUAUUGUAAAUAUUUCUAAUCGAAAGUUCAGGGCGCUAGGGCGACCAAGCGCUCAGUAUGACUGAGUGUAUGGGGCCAAGUUUCUACGUUUCAAGACGACUCAGCGUUGAUCGAAUAUUUACCAAAGUAGUAAAUAUCUCUUAUCUGCCCUUUUCUCUCGAGUAUUCCUGUGUGUGGCCUUGUUCACCACUUGUCACAAAUCUCGGUUUACUAUUAUCAUUAUUUUAUUAUUUUUUUUCUGGCAAACCUUCUCUCUCUUUUUCGCACAAGAAUAACUUUUUUAUCGAUCACCCCAUACAACAUUCAUAAUCUUUAACGGGCAGUUUGGUGAGAAAGUGUUAAUACAGCACUCGUUUGGCCAAUGAAAUAUUCGCCUGUUCAACUUCGUGCUUGGUUGAUUUUUCAGGUUCCCCGGGAAAUGGCAAAAUUAAAAAAAAACUUGAGAUUUGAUUCGUACGCACAGAUCGCGCUGAUCUGAUUUUUUUUGGAAGGUUGGAAAUAGAGAUGAACACCGGGAUCGGGUCAGCAAGAUCCCGAUCGAUUGUUUGAUAUCAUGUGUGCGGCUCGCGAUCUCGCGUCUAAACGCGUCCCAAAAUAAAUCUCAAGUCUCGACUGAUUGUUUUUCAAGUGUCACGUAAAAUGCUGGUCACAUUUUCGCCACAGAGAAAUCCCAUUCACCACGCGCUCGGGCCGAGAAAAAGACAUAAUUGGCCUUAUUUAAGUCAGGAAUUUGAUUAAGUGUUUUAUCAAACUUAGACUGUCUAGAAUCACACGAACGCGAUUUAUAGUCGAUUUUCGUCCGCAGGGUUGGCGCGCAAAUUUGCAUCGGGUUUGCGAUCAAAACAUUAUUAGCUUUAUCCAUAGAAUGAGUGGGCGGAGGUAUUGUUUUAGAACAAAGCAUAGACAACUCUCUCAUUUUUCUUUGGUGUACGACAAAUCUACGAAGUUUCAGGUCCCUUUGUAAAUAUCUCUCUGCGUGAAAAUGUGAAAAUACUUUGUACUCCUAUUGUUUCUACCUUUGCCUUGUAUGCAUUGUGCCAUAGGAAACCCCUAAGAUUCUGUCAACACCCGAUGAUUGGCACUUAGUAUUGCCCACUGCAAUCAGAUUAUUGGCUGGCCUCGUUGAUGUAUAUUUACAUUGCGUCUUGAAAUUUCUCCCUAUUAAAUCGCACUAUUGUACAAUCCGCAGGUUGUGAAAACUACUCAAUAAUGAAUUGUAAUUUAGUUAGAACAGUGGCUACUUUCUCAGGGUUUUGAAAAACUCUUCGUCUUAUCACUUCAUUUAUAAUUAAUUUUUAGUAAAAUGUUUGUUUCUGUAUAAUUUUUUUUCCUUUUCAAAGUUUGUUUUCUGUACUUUGGCAUCUCUAAAGCAGUCUAAAGUGCUUGCUGUCUUCUUAGUUAAAAGAAUUCUUUUGCAAGCGUAUGGGCAACAUUCAAAAAAUGAAGGCCGCACUUUGAACUACCUCAUUAAACUCAUGUGUUCAGAGAAAAUGAAGUUUUGUAGAAUUUCAGUUUCACCAUUACCCUAGAAGGUUUGUACUCGAUCCCGUAAUGUUUUCAUCGGAUGUUCACACACACUUUUCUGUAAUAUUUAUAGCAGUUUUCUACCGCAGACCCAAGAAGAAUUUUUGCUAAUUGAACCACACUUAUUUCCAUAAUUUUUAGACAUGCUGUCUAUUGAAAUAUUUUCUUAGGUUUUUCUGUCUAAGGGACAUAGCUGUGAUAACAAUCAUGUCACAUGCAAACAAGUGUUUUAUUUCAUGUCCGUCAGCAUCUAUUACAAAACAAGUUGAAAGGGUAAUUAAAACUCUAAAAGUAAUAAUUGAUUUCUUUCUCCAGGCUCAUUAAUUUGCUUGUGUUAAAACUUUCCUAAUUUCGUAUUCAUCUAUCAUUCCAUCAUUGUCUUUGUCUAGCUAAGAAUUGUGGGUUUCAUCUGCUUUGUGAUAACAACUGGAUUGCUUUUGCCAGUCCUAUUUGAAUUUUUUCCAGUGAUCACUUUGCAGAAAAGAAACAUACUCCACUGUGAUUAUUUUAAAACAGUGCAAAGACUAUCAAUGACAGACAAAAUAACAGACUGCAAAAUAUUAACCACAGACUUGAGUUUUAAAAUUUCUAAGCCACACAAUGAAAAGCUUGAUAUUAGAUGUAGAUAGUUGUGGAUCAUAUUGUUGUUCUAACAGUAAUUUUAGUAAUUAAAUUUUCAGUAAUUUUAAAUCUUAUCUAAUAUUUAGGCUAAUUGUUCUGAGUAGUUUAGCGUUUGGCUUUUAAAAUUAACUGUAGUCAAACUACAAAUUGUUUGACAAAGUAAAUUCCUCAAAUUUAAUUUGAUAUACACCAGUAUUGGAACUAUUUUAAAGUUGCACAAAAAUAAUUCUGAUGAUUAAGUCCUGUGUCUAAAGUCACUUUAAACAGUUUUUCCUUUGAGUAGUGUUUGAAAUGGUGUCAUUACAUUCCUGGAGUGCUUCAUCAUCAAAAAGAACUUGAAAACCCAUCUCUGUUUGUUUGUUUUGUUUUCAAUUUUAAAUUAUUGCUAAAAGAACCCUUUAUAUUUUUUCUCCUCUUUGUAUACUGUAUUGCAGUUUGACAGCUUUAUAGAGAAGACGCUUAAACGCACAGGAGAGCAAUGGUGUCUUGUGACAGAUGGACAGUUGGCUCUAAGACACAAUCUUCACUGGGAAGCCAGUAGAAAGAAAGCCAAGUUGUCUGAACAUUUCUACAGCUUUUAUGACCUCAAGAAGGAGGUAAAGAAAGCAGUUAAGCACGAUUCAGACUUCAAAAACCUGGAAGAUGUGGCUUCUUGUAUCCUUUCGCCCUCCUGUGAAAUAAAUUGAAUAGAGGUUGAGUAUUUGCUGCUCAGUCAUGCUCAAUUUUAGCCAUUAUAAUUAAAAUGGAUCCCAACAUCUGGAUUUUUAUUACAGUCAACUCUAACUAAGAUGGAGCGGCACUAAUUGUCCAUUUAAUAGUGAUGUCUCUCUUAUAGAGUCAACUAAAGGAAGUAACUAAUGCAGGGACUAAUUUGUGUUGUCCAUUUACCAAGGUGUCCAUUAAAAGAGAUCUAGAGUUGAUGGUAUGUUUUUUUAUGUUUUUUUUUGUAAAGAGAUGUUUAUAACUUUUUCCUUAAUGAGGUAAUAGACUGCCAAAUCGAUACAAACAAUAACAACCCAGCUGGUCUGGAGCAUUGUAAACUUAUGGCAAAUGUAGUGCAGUACCUGAUUAAUGAAGGUAGGCUGUUAAAUAAAUUCUCACUGGUAACACCCCACUGGUAACAAUAGCAAAGGGUAAAACCACCUUUAGCCUGUGCACAGCUGCCCACUUUCCUAAACAUCAGAAGAGACGUAUUUUGUUUGAGGGGGAGGAGGUGGCCGACAAAGGCUAAACCAACUUAUACCACACUGAAUCCGUUGACCUUAAUUUCAUCUGUGUCACAAAGUGUUGUAAAGAUUCAUCUUUGAACAAUGGAAAACUAGACUUGGUCCCUCUCGUUAUAUUCAGUCUUUUUCAUUAAUUUUGGAGAUUUCCUCUCAUAUACAAAGUAGCUUUGCUUUUCCAUUGUGUUGGUAGAACAUUGUAGAUUUGUAUGCUAGAAAAGGAUCCUUUCUGCAUUGGCUUGGCCCAGAAACACAUGUAGGUAGUGGAAGAAGCCUCAAUCGGAAAAACAUUUGCAUUUACAGGAUAUUUCUGCAUGCAUGUGAUCAAAGGCACCAUUUUGAGGCUUGGAGUGACAAAAUAUAGUGAUUUCAAAAAAAUUGUCUACUCCAGCCUAGAUCUUGUUUCAUUGAAUGUGCUCACUUAAGCAAAAUAUAGAAAAGGUCUUUGACUGUAUCAAGACCAUGUAAAUAAUCAUUUUGUUUUCCUGGGGAUACUUUCCAUUUCCUUCCUUCUUAUGACCCCAUAGUGUGGUUGAUCAUUAUAUUUUGUAAUAUUGCAAGGUUAGGAAGGAAAUUGAUGGGGUCUUAAGGAAUUAAUCAAGUGGAACAAAGUGGGAAAUGAAAGACCUCUUUUCCUCUCACAUUUUUAUAUUGGCUUAGUGUCAAACAUUAGUUGACCCGGUUAGAAAAUUUGUGAAAUAGCCUCUUAAAUAAGAGAUAACAAAGGCAAUUUUGUGCCAAGUCUAAAAAGCUGAUGGCAGUAGUGCUAAGUGAGAGAUACAAAAAUUGUGUGCAGCAUGAAAUGUGUCACACUUAGUUAUGAAAACCUUAUUGCUACACCAUAGGUGAAAGGAUAAACUCUCUAAUAAACCAUGCUUGCAUUACUGUCUAAAACUGCCUGAAAGAAGUUGAUGGCAUAAAUUUUUUUUUCCAUUGACUUGCACCAAGGGAGAAUCUUAUUAUGGCGUUGGCUAGGAUAUGUGUAUUUCAUUAAAGUUAUUUUUAGAGGUUGUAAUUUAACAGAAGUCUAAUUCCUGGGACAUAUGCAAAUUUUAGUUGAUUGUUUGAAACAACAUCAAUUCUACACGCGACUGCCUCAAUCAGCAAAAAAUGCAGAAUAUUAACAUGGCGGAAAAUUCAAGCAUUCAAUUGGUCUAAACAUAAAUUUGGUGAAAUUCCCAUAUCCCAAGGGGGUCAUGCAGCAGCUGCUCAGAAGAGAUGUCACCAGUGGUGUCUAACCCUGACCCCAGACAAUACUGAAACAAUUGAAAGAAUGACAUGUCAUUGUUUUCUGCGACCAAUUAGGAGAGACCUUACGAGCACCUCCUUAACACAACUGUCCCAAGGGCUUGACUGGGCAUUUCCCUUUCUGUACCAUUAUCCUGUCUUGGUUGCACUUAGGUGUGUAUGUGUGUUUUUUGUUUUGUGUAGGUCACAAGUUUAAGGAAGCAGAAAAGAUCAAUGCAAAGUACGAGCCUGGACCAUGGUAUGGCGCUUCUUUACGAACAAAAAAGUUGGUACCCAAAUGUCACAAUUAUUUCAUAGGUACUGAUAUUUACGCAUGAAAUGCUAUGAAGUAAAAGGAUGUUUGUUUACCAUUCCAAAGUCAUUUCACAAGAAAAUAUCAGUACCAAUGAAUAUAUUAAAAAAACCUGCCUAUUUGUGACAAUUAAUUAUUAAUAAGUUGGCAAUAUUUUUAUCAGAAUAAUCAUGUUAAAAAUAUUGCCAACUCGAAUGUAAUUCGUACUGGUGAUGACCCAUGGCCUAAAAUUUCAACACAGAUGCUUCCUCUGAUAAGGACAGUUAACUCUUAAGUUCUUAACAAUAAUCAAUAGCUAUUUAACAAUAACCUUUAAGUCUUUUUAUUUAGGUUAACUCUUUAGCAAACGUUGUUUCUAUCUUUUGUUUUAAUUGGAAGGGGUGGAGGCUUGUAAAGAAUUCCUUGUUGAAUUUAAUAAUAAUUAUUGAUCUUAAGUUUGUGCUUUAUUGAAAAAUGGCCAUUUUUGUUAAUCCCCAAGCAAUUUAAGCCCUUGUAGUGGUUACUUUGACAAGAAAGAGCUUUGUACAGAAAAAUGCCUGAAACACCAGUGACAAAUGUUGAUAAUAACGUUAUUGUGAGUUGUCAUGAAGUGUUCUCAAACUCAUUAAUAAUUCAUUAAGAAAAUACAAAGGAAAUUAAUGAUUAAUGAGUGUUUGGAAAUCGGAUGAAACACUGCUUAGUAUUUGCAUCCUUAAUUUCUCCUUCAAAAAUGAUUUUGUUUGAGAAGAAAUAUCAAACAUUCGACACAGUGUUUCAUCACCAGAUGAAACACCUCGAAGUUCAUCAAAAAUACUCCGCUGCGCGUCGUAUUUUCAACUCUCUUCUCGGUGUUUCAUCUGGUGAUGAAACACUGCAUCUCAUGUUUGAUAUAUUACUUCAAUAACCUAAUGCAUUGAUUGCCAUCCACAUGUACAACAAUGUCACCUGCUUUAACAAUGAAUCAUUUUCUUUGCCAAGAAUUCCUCAAAGUUUAAGUACUAUUAAUCUCGAUUUUUUUUUGUUAAUCCUCCUUGGAAGACUGAAUCAUGUUCUUGAUAAGUUUGGAGGUGAAAAAUUCUAACGUGAAAAGUUAAAAAAAAAAAAAAUUGUAAGUUACAUGCUCUAUAAACUAUUGCUCUUUCAUGUUGCUUGAGAUUGUUAUUUUAAGUUAAAUGUUUCAUUAUUCAUUAGAUUAUAAAAAGAAUAUAAUAAAUUAUUUAAAAGAAAUCCUUCCUGUUACAGCCUCGGGGUGGUCCUUGAUGAUACUAUUUUAAGAGCAAGAGGACUUCCUUGGCAAGCUUCAGAUCAAGAUGUUGCAAACUUCUUCAAGGGACUCAACAUCGUAAGGUACACUAUGUAUUGUCAACUAGCAGCCAACAGAUUGUAUCAGUUAUGAAUAAUAAUUUAACAUUUUUAUUUAUCUUUUCUGAAAAAUAUUUUUUAUCUCAUAAAUACCGUAAAAUUCCGAAAAUAAGCCCUGGGGCUUAUAUUUUUCAAAGGCCCUUUUUGAGGGGCGUAUUUUUGGUGGGGCUUAUAUUCGGAGGGGCUUAUAUACUGAGGGAAAUUUGCAUUUCAAAAUCGAUUGGGCUAGCCUUAUAGUUGGAAGUAAAUUUACCGUUUUUGCUUUGUUUUACUUUGUAUUUGAGGGCAAUUUUCCAAGUACAAGGGCUUUUAUUUGGAGGGGCGAAAAAACAGAGGGUUUUUUGCGUUACCGGUUUGGGGGGCUUAUAUUAUUUUGGAGGGGCUUAUACAUGGAGGGACUUAUUUUUCAGAAUAUUACGGUAACUGAAAUGAGUCAUUAGGUGGACCUUUCCAAGUUUUAAAUGGAUCAUACCUGUUGUUCCUACUCAAACAACUUCUUGUGUUGUACCAGUAUUAAAUUCAGAAGAAACUAUACUUUGCUUGUAUAACUACGUAUUGUUUAUUUUUUGCAAAAAAAGUUAUGUUUUUUUUUUUUAAUAUUUUUGUUUGGCAAUAUACAUAAAGUGAAAUAAUUAUAGUUAUUAAGCUUACUAAUAAUUCGUUUAAGCUUCUUGUUUUGAUAGAAAAUAUUUGAGAACAAGCAGUGACAGCAUAAAUUAAUAAAUUAAAUGUUGCCAGGUGAGUUACAUGUUUAAGUAUUUUCCUUUUUAUUCCAGAGGAGGGAUUGCUUUCUGUUUGAAUGCCCAAGGCAGAAGAAAUGGGGAAGCUUUCAUUAGGUUUGAAAAGGGAGAGCAUAGAGAAUUAGCAAUGAAAAGACACAAGCAUCAUCUUGGAACAAGGUACAUUGAGGUACGGAGAGAUAAACUUCUUCAGUUUUGUGGUCAGGAAUAGACCCAAUGCAAAAAUGGCUGCUGGGUUAACAUUUUUUUGUUUCAAUUAAAAUUAGCCUUACUAGCUGUUUUCUUUAAAGUACAAAAUUCAAGAGAAUACCUUAUCUCAAGACAGGCUAGUCAGGCUAAUUUUAAUUUAAACACAAGAAAAUUAAUCCAGCAGCCAUUUUUGGAUUGAGUCCGUUAAACCCAAUGUUUAUCUGCUGAACAAACCAAAUUUCAUUUGUGGGAAAAUGCAUGCAAGGCAAGAGAGAUCAACUUCUUCAGUUUUGUGAUUGUGAAUCAAACCCACUGUUCAUCCGUUGAACACACCAAUUUUUGGUUCAUGGCAAUAAGAAUGCUGGCAAGUCACCCGUAGCCUGCCAAGGCAGGAGUAAUUUUUGCUUUAGUGCAUCAGAAACAAAAAGUAAUCUGGAAAUACAUUUUACAUUGGACCUGAACCCUGAUUAAUUUUGUUAAGUGAGAAAAUUUUAAGCCAACCACAAUACACCUAGCAAAACAAAAACAAAGUACAUUACAGAAUUACAUUGGACUCUAUACUGGACUUGUCUGUCGUAGUUUUUAUUCCCCUAGCAUGCACCCAACUUGUGAAAACAUCACCUCAUUUCAUACCAAACUGGUCAUCACUAUAUAUGUUAGUGUGAGUCAGUUAUAUAUAUAAUUAUUUGUUUGUUCUUGUGAUGUUAUUUUUUGAUGGCCAGUUUGGUAUGAAAUGAGGUGAUGUCUCCACAUGUCAUGUGCAUGCUAGAUGAAAAUACAAGUGCGGGCAUAUUUUUCAGGAAAAGAAGUGCUUUAUAGUACACUGUAACUCUGUAUUGAAGGCAAUUUGAAAACAGCUAGAGGAAGAUUGACUCAUCCACUUUGUAAACUGGGCAUUCAAUUAGAUUCACAAGAACUUUGUUGAUUCCUAAAAAAACAUGGCACAGGCCAGUGUGAACUCUCAGUGCAAAUAUUCUCCUAACACAUUCCCCAGCAUUGAUGUUGAUAUUAUGCCAUAUCAAGGCUUCAUAUGUUUACUAAAAGCCUUAUCUGGAACGUCGUGACUUAAAUGCAAUUCUAAAGCCACACACAGAGUAAGAGAAAUUCCACUGAGGCAUCAGACUGUUACGUUGACCUUGAUGCUGUUAUAACCAAGGUGAACAGUAUUGUCUCUAAAGACUUCCUGUUGUAUUCUUUCUUAAUAUUAUUUUAUUGAUUCCUAAAAUAAAGUAUUACUUUAUAUUUUAGGUGUACAGAGCUACAGCUCAAGACUUUCUAAAGAUUGUGAGAGGUAUUUAUUUCUUCUUGGAAUAAUUUCCUCUUUUGGCAGUGUACUUAUUAAUUUUUGUUAAAACAUUUUCAUCAUUCAAUAUUAUUUUUUGGAGGGGAAACGCUGACUACUAACAGCCCUCUCCAAUAUGGCUUCUCACCUUUUUGUGUAAGAUAGCAAUUGGGAGAUUCAUCUGUAUUAUUUUCAUUUCAUUUUCAUUGGUUACCUGCAAAUAGCAAAGGCUAGUCCAGGUGGGCAGUGUCUAAACAAAAUUGUCCAAAUCUAUAUUAAAACUAUCCAAAUAAUUUAUUAUAUUAGAUAUAGAAAUAAACAUUUUCUGUCCAAAAACAGAGCUCAGAAUUUUUUGUAUCUUCUCAGCACGGGCACACCUGUUAGUACAAUAAUUCCACCAAAUUUGCUUGUGUUAUCUAAUUCCUGAAUAUUAUUGUCUCUUGAGGUCCGAUUGAUGUCACCCAGAUUGCUUCCAAUUUUGUUUCAAACAAGGCAGAAGUAAUAAUCAGAAUGAGAGGGCUUCCAUUCAACACAAAAGAAUCAGAUGUUGUGAGUGUAUUACUUUUGUUAAGUUGCCCAGACAUGUUAUUUGGCUCAAUAGGGGAAUGAUUAGAUUUGAUGGAGACCUAAUAUGGAUCAAUACUAAUCUCAUAUGGAUUUAUAAUGAUGUGGUAUGGAUUAUUGCUGGCAUGAUGUGGAUCAAAUUAUGUGAUGUAGAUUGUCAGACUGACAUGAUGAAAUUAAGGGUUACACUGUAAAAGAAAAGUUAUGUCGUCGUUACAUGCUCACCACACAUGUUCCAGCGAUAAAUGAUGAGAAUUUGUUUUACAAACAAGAUCGAUCUUGGCCUUAAUGGAUUAAAAUAGGCAGUGAUAUUAUCAAGGAAAAUAAAUGGAGAGUCCGGUGGGUUUACCCUUUAAGUCCUGAAAAUGACCAAAGAAUAUCAAUUUUCCCCUUUUGAUAUCAUUACAUAAUCAAGAGGAAAUGUGAGAAUCAAUAAAGUAAUCACCUCAUGGAAAAUGCUUUGAUCUUUAAACAAAUUCUCUCAACUAAUUCAUUAAGGAAAUAUAUGGAAACUUGUCUGGAGAAUUAUUAUUUGGAUAUUGGGGCUUGCAGGGUUAAUAGACACAUGAAAUGGGUUGAUAAGUUAUCAUAAAUUGGUUAGUAGACAUGAUUAAAGCUGAUGGACACAUGACUGUAUUAAUUAACGUGUAAAAAAGAGAAAUCAAAUGCUACACUGUAUGGGUUGAUGCAGAGGUGAUGGAAACUGAUAGAGACAUACUAUGACUUGCUGAUCGAAGACGUGACAUUAUUUUGUGUUGCUAAAACCACAUUGUAGGUGAAGAGUCAAGAAGGGUAAUUGUAACAUUGAUGCAUGAGGUAUCAAAAUUCAUGUAAAAUUCUUAAAACUAUUAAGCAUCAUGAAUGAUCGCGACACUGGCUGAGAAUUGUGUAUAAAGACUGAGAAGUUAGAAUAUUAAAAGUUUAAUGUCUCCUGAAAUUGAUUGUGUGAAUGAAAGAGUCAAUAUGCUUACUAUAUAAGUAUGGUUCAUUCUUCACUUUUUUUUCUUUGUAGAUUAAGUUCUUUGAAGACGAUGUACCAGUGUUUAAGGGAGAAUCUGGAAUCCUAAUGGUUAGAAACAGCUUUGGAAAGCCAACAGGAGAUGCCUUUGUUCUUUUUGAAACAGAAGAGCAUGGGUGUGCUGCACUAAGAAAGCACAGGUGUUCAUUGGGUUCUCGGUAUGCGGAGCUGUUCCGUAGCUCCCAAAGUGAGGUUCAGCAAGUUCUCAACUCAUACAGCAACUUUAUGCACAACUUUCUUCCACCAUUUAUGCUUCCACCUCUUCCACCGCACCUUCCAUUUCCUCCUCCCUUUUUGCCGCCUGGGCAAUCCAUUAAUGGCAUGAACAGUAAGGACUGUUUGCGUCUACGGGGUCUACCAUUCUCAGCAACUGUCCAAGAUGUACUAGACUUUCUUGGGGACCAUGCAGCAUUUGUUGUUCCUGGUGGAGUUCACAUGGUGUUUAACACACAGGUAAAUUAUUAAUGUUAUUGUCAGUGAUCACAUCUUGUUAUGGUAACAACACUUCUCAAACUCAACAGUAAAUUAUAGCAGGCAACUCAUGAGUCUUCAUAAUAGUAUAUUUUUAUGGGUAGCAUUACCAUUCUUUCAAAAUAAUUAUUGAUUGCAUUAUCAUUGUGCCGUAGGUUAAAAUGAAUGAAUAGCCAAUGAAUCUUACACUUGUCUUAUCAUGCAAGCCUAAAAUUAAUAAAUAAUUAGAAUUUUUUUGUUUCAUAGGGUCGACCAUCUGGAGAUGCUUAUGUUCAGUUAGUGUCUGCAGAGUGUGCAAAAACAGCCACUGGUGAUUUGCACAGACAGCACAUGGGAGAAAGAUACAUUGAAGUAUUUCCUUGCUCCGGAGUUGACAUUGCUUCUAUCAUCACCAGCAGUACAAUCAAUCAAACUAAGUUACCGUCACUCAACUCCACACCAUUUAGCCAUCCGUGUACAUUUCCUGUGACUGAUGGGGUGGUUACACACACAGGGACACACAUGAAUGGACACACGGACAGUAUAACACCUCCACCUUGUCGCAGCCCUACAGGAGUGUAUGUGGCCAACUCGCCACCACCAACAUACUUCAACUGUGUUAUGCCAACAAAUGGCAUUGGAGGAGGAAACUUGAAUAAUUUUUAUUACCCACCAGCCACUGCAAAUGUCCGAAUGAGAGUGUCACCAUACUUAGCACAACCAUAUGAAUUUAUACCCUUCUUUCAAGGAUACCAGGUAAAAGUCUGA